AUGCAAGGUGUGCCGUCCCCCCCUCCUAUCAUCAUCAUCAUCACCACCAUCAUCGCUCCCAAGCCCACUCCUUCCAAGCUCCUUCCUACCACCGUCCCUCACACGAACGUCCUUCCUACGAACGUCCCUCCUACGAUCGUCCCUCCUUCGAUCGUCCCUCCUUCGAUCGUCCCUCCUUUGAGCGUCCCUCCUUUGAGCGUCCUUCCUUUGAGCGUCCUUCCUUUGAGCGACCUUCCUUCGAGCGUCCUUCCUUUGAACGUCCCUCCUUCGAUCGCCCAUCCUUCGACCGUCCUGCCUACGAACGUCCCUCCUACCACCACCCAUUGCACGAGCGCCCCAUCUACGACCGCCCCUUGCAUGACCGUCAACCCCACGACCGCUGGAACCCUCGUCGUUGUGUGAGCUCCGGACAUCAGUACAACAUGUUGGACCAGGAAGAGGUACACCCUUUGCUGAUGCGAGAGAGGCGCUCAGAGUCCCACAGGACCAAGCUACUGCGUCGGACAGUCAGCGUUCCUGUUGAGGGAAGGCAUCACCCCGAGAUGGAUCACCGUGCCCGGAGGAAGAGCAUAGCCACUGGGAAGCAACCCAGCAUGGAGGUCCCUCCCACUGCCCCCCUUCAACCCUUCCGACAAUCCAGUUUCCUCAGUAAGAGGUUGAAGGGCUCCAUCAAGAGGGCUAAGAGUCAGCCGAAACUGGACCGAACGAGCAGUUUCCGCCAAAUGAUCCUCCCCCGCUUCCGCAGUGCCGACCAAGACAGGACCCGUUUGAUGCAGAGCUUCAAAGAGUCCCACUCCCAUGAGUCCCUGCUGUCUCCCAGCAGCGCUGCCGAGGCGCUGGACCUCACACUGGACGAGGACGCCAUCAUCAAACCCGUCCACUCCAGCAUCCUGGGACAGGAGUACUGUUUUGAGGUGACAACGGCUUCAGGAACCAAGUGCUUUGCGUGUCGCUCAGCCGCAGAGAGAGACAAAUGGAUCGAGAACCUGCAGAGAGCUGUCAAGCCCAACAAGGACAACAGCCGGAGGGUGGACAAUGUGCUGAAACUGUGGAUAAUUGAAGCCCGCGAGCUCCCGGCUAAGAAGCGCUACUACUGCGAGCUGUGCCUGGACGACAUGCUGUACGCCCGCACCACCAGCAAGCCCCGCACCGACACCGUCUUCUGGGGAGAGCACUUUGAGUUCAAUAACCUGCCGGCCGUCCGCAACCUUCGCCUUCAUCUGUACAAGGAGACGGACAAGAAGAGACGGAAGGAAAAGAGCACAUACUUAGGAUUGGUCAGCAUCCCCAUCUCGAGCAUCACCGGGCGGCAGUUUGUGGAGCAAUGGUACCCAGUCAUCCAGCCCAGCGUUCUCACAAAGGGAGCCGGCGUCGGAGGAGGGAAAAUUAUCAACGCCUCGCUUCGCCUCAAAUCCCGCUUCCAAACCAUGAACAUCCUGCCCAUGGAGCUGUACAAGGAGUUCGCCGAGUACGUCACCAACAACUACCGCACCCUGUGCGCCGUGCUGGAGCCCGUGCUGAGCGUGAAGAGUAAAGAGGAAGUGGCCUGUGCUUUGGUGCAUAUCCUGCAAAGCACAGGGAAGGCGAAGGACUUCCUGUCUGACAUGGCCAUGUGUGAGGUAGACAGAUUUAUCGACCGAGAACACCUUAUAUUCAGAGAGAACACUCUGGCCACCAAAGCCAUAGAAGAGUACCUCAAACUGAUCGGACAUAAGUACCUCAAGGAUGCUAUCGGGGAGUUCAUAAGGGCCUUGUAUGAGUCAGAGGAAAAUUGCGAAGUGGACCCUAUGAGAAUACCACCCUCUGUGCUACCAGACCACCAAGCCAAUCUUCGAAUGUGCUGCGAACUGGCUCUCUGCAAAAUCGUUAAUUCCCAUUGUGUUUUCCCCCGUGAGCUAAAGGAGGUUUUUGCGUCCUGGCGAGUGCGUUGUGCCGAGAGGGGUCGGGAAGACAUCGCUGACCGCCUCAUCAGCGGAUCGCUCUUCCUGCGCUUCCUGUGUCCCGCCAUCAUGUCCCCGUCACUUUUCAAUCUCACCCAGGAGUAUCCCGACGAGCAGACGUCACGCACCCUCACUCUUAUCGCUAAAGUAGUGCAAAACCUCGCAAACUUCUCCAAGUUUGGCAGUAAGGAGGAGUACAUGUGUUUCAUGAAUGAGUUUUUAGAGAUGGAGUGGGGCUCCAUGCAGCAGUUCCUGUACGAGAUCUCCAACCUGGACAGCGUCAGCAACGCAGGCGGCUUUGAGGGAUACAUCGAUCUGGGCAGGGAGCUGUCCAUCCUGCACAGCCUCCUGUGGGAGGUUAUGGCUCAGCUCAGCAAGGAUGCCAUCAUCAAGCUGGGCCCUUUGCCCCGCCUCCUGAAUGACAUCAGCAUGGCGUUGCGUAACCCUCACCUCCAGAGGCAGCCGAGCCACCAGACGGACCGGGUGCAGGACAGACAGUCGGACAGGCUGCUGUCUCGACCAAGCUUUAACCGAGGAAUCUCGUCAGAGUUCCAGAAUCUCAUGAUGAGGGACUUAAACAGCUCCAUAGACAUCACUCGUUUGCCUUCCCCUACUUCCACCGGAGGGGUCAUGCCAUCCCGCGCCCAGCUGAGCUUUCAGGACCGUGAUCACCCUCAUCGAGCCUCCAAAGACAUGUUCUACGUUUCGCGGCCGCCCCUGGCCCGCUCCAGCCCGGCCUACUGCACGAGCAGCUCGGACAUCACGGAACCAGACGCUAAGGAUUCCCGAAUGAACAGCGUGUCUAACCUGCAGUCGGUGGACAUGCUCAACUCCUCCCAGGCCUCCAUCGCCGGUAUGGGCAGCUUCGGUGGGCUGAGCAGCGGAGGCGGUGGCGGCCUGGGGUCGGGCCUGAGCAGCCAGCUGCGGGCCGGUGGGAGGUUGUCAGCUGGCUCCGGCGGCUCCAGCAUGUCAGGCGGCCUCCGGCUGAGCCAGCUGAGCCAGAUGGGCACCACCACCGACUCGCUAUCCCAGCAGCAGCAACACCAGGCCGCCGCCAUGCGCUACCCGCUUUCCUUCCAGAAUCCUCUCUUUCAUCUGGCGACGGCUGACGGGCCACAACAACAGCUCCACCACCAGCACAGCCGAGCUCAGCCCCCAGCGCCCCUGCUCCUGGCCCCUGACCCCGAGCCCUCUCACCAGGCCUACAUCCCACAGUUCGCCCAUGGGGGGUUCUCUCGCAGUGAGGAUCUGUCCACGCUCAGGACCCGGGAUGGUCACCUGGGCCAGCCCAGCAUAAUCCACUCACACAGCUACAGUGACGACUACAGCAGGGCUGACUACGGACGCAGGCAAAUCUCCAUGCAUAUGCAGGUAAAAGUCCUUUAAUCAGUGUUUCUAGAUGUCUGGUGACA